AUGUCUCUCUGGGUUGACAAGUACCGACCUCGUUCUCUCGACGAACUUCACUAUCAUCCCGAGCUUUCCUCAAGAUUGCGCUCUUUGGCUGCGUCAGGUGAUUUCCCUCAUAUUCUCUUUUAUGGACCAUCAGGAGCGGGUAAGAAGACAAGGAUUAUGUGUACUCUGAGAGAACUGUAUGGACCUGGAGUGGAGAAAUUGAGAAUCGAUCAAAGAGUAUUCGUCACUCCUUCAAACCGAAAAUUGGACGUCAACGUUGUGCAAUCGAAUUAUCACAUCGAGCUGACACCAUCUGACGUGGGCAUGUACGAUCGAGUGGUAAUCCAAGAUAUCCUGAAAGAGAUUGCUCAGACUCAGCAGGUUGAUUUGAACGCCAAGCAACGAUUCAAGGUGGUAAUCAUCAACGAAGCUGAUGCCCUCAGUCGAGACGCACAAGCAGCACUAAGAAGAACAAUGGAAAAAUACAUGAAUAAUAUGAGAUUGAUACUUUGUGCUAAUAGUACAAGUAAAAUCAUCGCUCCCAUAAGAAGUAGAUGUCUGUUAGUCAGAGUAGCGGCUCCCACGGAUGAUGAAAUGUCAAAAGUCCUUCAUCACGUAGCAAAAAAGGAAAGAUUCGCAUUACCUUCACCUGCAGCACAAUCGAUCUUAUCCACAUCUCAAGGUAAUCUAAGAAAAGCAUUAUUAGUAUUCGAAGCUAUGAAAAUGCAAAGACCAGAUCUGAACGGUGAUAUAGAAGUGGCUAAACCAGACUGGGAGACGUAUUGUUCGAAAGUUGCUGAUGCAAUCAUACAAGAACAAUCUGCUCAAAGGUUGUUAGAUGUCAGAGGGAAGAUAUAUGAGUUAUUGAGUCAUUGUAUACCGCCCACUGUUGUUUUGAAAACAAUCGCAGAUCGGAUAGUGGAUAAGGUAGACGAUGCCUUGAAACCUCAAAUCAUCCAUUGGGCGGCUCAUUAUGAGUUGCGAAUGAGAAUGGGAUCAAAGAAGAUCUUCCAUCUCGAAGCAUUCAUCGCAAAGGUCAUGACUGUAUACAAACAAUUUAACAUGAUUGGAUAUACCGAAGAUUACGAGUAG